AUUCGUUUCCAGUGUUUACCUAGCGACUGGCAACUGGCGGGUUGCUCUAAGUCAGGUUCCCGUGGUAUCCUACCCCGAGACUGGAGUGGAACCCCAGUCCACGGCUGGGGUUCUUUCCAUUUGGCGGAGACGGAUUCAGAGGGGCUCCAGCAACCUAAGUGGACCCCGACCAGCAAAACCAGUGGAGAUGGGUGAUGCUGUAGGUAUCAGUGGGUGAGACCCCGAGACAGACUGUCUUCGGCACACCCGGUCCCAGGUCCCCCGCCGCAGAGACAGCUCUCGUGAAAUCUCUCCGGUUUUCACUGAGAAACCCCACCGGCUUUGAGAAAACUGACCUUGCCCAAGAGAGAGGCAUCACUAAGAUUGUUGAGAACCAAACAUACGAUGAGCGGCUAGAGAUUAACGACUCUGAAGAGGUUACAAGUAUCUGUACUCCAACCCCAGAACGCCAAGGACUUCUUCAUUCCGCCUGUCUUCCUACCAAGACUAUGGCUGAUAACUGUGGUGAUGAGUUUGAAGAGGAAAAUAACAAGGAAAAGAAGAGCUCACGAUUGACACCGCCACGCGGCUUCAGUGAGAAUGAGGAGGACGAUGAGGAUGAUGAUUCUUCGGAGACUGAUUCCUCGGAGGAGGAUGAGGAGGAGGAGCAUGGGGCCCCCCUGGAAGGGGCCUACGAUCCUGCAGAUUAUGAGCAUUUGCCAGUUUCUGCUGAGAUUAAGGAACUCUUCCAGUACAUUAGUAGGUACACACCCCAGCUGAUUGACCUGGACCACAAGCUGAAACCAUUCAUUCCUGAUUUUAUCCCAGCUGUUGGGGAUAUUGACGCGUUCCUAAAGGUCCCACGUCCUGAUGGAAAGCCUGACAACCUUGGCCUGUUGGUACUGGAUGAACCUUCUACCAAACAGUCAGACCCGACAGUACUUUCUCUCUGGUUGACAGAGAAUUCCAAGCAGCACAACAUCACACAACAUAUGAAAGUGAAAAGCCUGGAAGAUGCAGAAAAGAAUCCCAAAGCCAUUGACACAUGGAUUGAGAGCAUCUCUGAGUUACACCGCUCUAAGCCCCCUGCGACUGUGCAUUACACCAGGCCCAUGCCGGAUAUUGACACACUGAUGCAGGAAUGGUCCCCAGAGUUCGAAGAGCUUUUGGGCAAGGUGAGCCUGCCCACCGCGGAGAUGGACUGCAGCCUGGCUGAGUACACUGAUGUGAUCUGUGCUAUCUUGGACAUUCCUGUUUACAAGAGUCGGGUUCAGUCCCUCCACCUGCUGUUUUCCCUCUACUCAGAAUUCAAGAACUCACAGCACUUUAAAGCUCUGGCUGAAGGCAAGAAAGUAUUCACGCCUCCAUCCAACUGUACCUCCCAAGCUGGAGAUGCAGAGACUCUGACCCUCAGCUGAGACCCGGAGCCUGUGUGGAGUCUGAGAUGACAGAUCCUUGUCAGCCACCUGGCACCAGCCUGCUCUGCAGCGAGGCUGGGCCUGCACUGUCCUGCACCCUCCCUCCAGAAAACACUUCAUGUUUGUUGGGCUCUGCCUGACUCCAACUGCUUUAACAGGAUGGUUACACAUCCACUCCACUGUGGGGGUUGGAGUUAGAAGACAAGUUUUGAGAUCCCACAGAGCACAAAUUGGAGGAAAGCUUAAGAGAUUUAUUUGGGGGACAGGGAUGGAAUUAUUUCCUUUCAUUCUUUUGUUUUCUUUUUCUUUUUUUUUUUUUUUCAGGUGGUUUCAUUAUGUAAUCCUCUUGUCUCAG